GUCGAGGGCGGAAGUGACUCGCUGAAGCCGACAGUGUCGGGAGACUCUAAGAUGGCGGCGCGCAGGGGUCAGCGCCCCACGUGUGCCGAGCCGAUGGAGGACGAGGCCGAGGGCGAGAACGGGGGCUCGGCCCGGGUCUAUCUGCCGGGCCAGGGGCCGCCGCUACGGGACGGGGAAGAGCUGGUCAUGGACGAGGAGGCUUAUGUGCUCUACCACCGGGCGCAGACUGGCUCCCCCUGCCUCAGCUUCGAUAUUCUUCGGGACCAGCUCGGGGAGAGCCGGACCGACUUCCCCCUCACCCUGUACCUCUGCGCCGGGACCCAGGCCGAGAGCGCGCAGGGGAACAGGCUGAUGGUGAUGAAGAUGCACAAUCUGCACGGGACGCGAAGGCCCGCGGAGAAGGAGGGCAGCGACAGUGAAGACGAGGAGGAGGAGGAGGAGGAGGAAGAGGAGGAGCAGAAACCCCAGCUGGAGCUGGCCAUGAUCCCACACUAUGGGGGCAUCAACCGGGUCCGGGUGACGUGGCUGGAUGAGAUGCCGGUGGCAGGUGUGUGGUCCGAGAAGGGGAAGGUGGAGCUGUACACGUUGGCACGACCGUUAGAGGCUGUCGGGGACUCCAGCGUCCUGGCCACCUUCCUGCGUGAAGAGCAAGCAAAGAUCCAGCCCCUCUUUGCCUUUGCCGGUCACAUGGGCGAAGGCUUUGCCCUGGAUUGGUCCCCCAAGACCCCUGGCCGCCUGCUGACCGGCGACUGUCAGAGGAACAUCCACCUGUGGACACCUACAGACGGUGGCUCGUGGCACGUGGACCAGCGGCCGUUCUUGGCUCACACAGGCAGCGUGGAGGAUUUGCAGUGGUCCCCCAGCGAGGCCACGGUGUUUGCCUCGUGCUCAGUUGACAGUUCGAUCCGGAUCUGGGACGUUCGGGCGGCCCCCGGGCGGGCCUGUAUGCUGACCGCCUCCUCCGCACAUGAAGCUGAUGUCAACGUCAUCAGCUGGAGCCGCCGGGAGCCCUUCCUGCUGAGCGGCGGGGACGACGGGGCCCUCAAGGUCUGGGACCUCCGACAGUUCAAGUCCGGCUCCCCGGUCGCCACGUUCAAGCAGCACGCGGCCCCCAUCACGUCGGUCGAGUGGCACCCCCAGGACGGCGGCGUCUUCGCGGCGGCCGGCGCGGACAACCAGAUCACGCAGUGGGACCUGGCCGUGGAGCGAGACCCCGAGGCGCCCGGCGCGGGGGGACGCGUCGAGGAGGAGGAGGACCCCGUCCUGGGCGCCCUGCCCCAGCAGCUCCUCUUCGUCCACCAGGGUGAAACGGACAUUAAGGAGCUGCACUGGCACCCCCAGUGCCCGGGCCUCCUGGUCAGCACCGCCCUAUCCGGCUUCACCGUUUUCCGCACCAUCAGCGUCUGAGUCGACCCACAACUUGGACGUCUCCUCUCCCCCCGCCCCAACGCUCCCACCCACACCCACGGGGAGACUUGGUUUAUUCUAGUCCAUUCCCCAGCCCCUCUGUAUUUUUGUCGCCCCUCAGAAAUAGACUGGUAUGCACCGUU